AUGGAAAAGUAUAGAAUACUUGGGAAGAAAGGUGAAGGUACCUUUUCCGAAGUAUUAAAAUGCCAAAAUGUACGAGAUGGGACAUUUUGGGCGGCUAAAAAAAUGAAGCAAUUAUAUAAAAGUGUCGACGAAAUACAACAAAUACGUGAAAUACGCGUGCUGAAACAACUCAAUGGUCAUCCAAAUAUAAUUUUUUUACGUGAAAUUAUUUUCGAUAAACGAACUGGCACUCUAUGUUUAAUAUUUGAAUUAAUGACUAUGAAUUUAUAUGAAUAUGUUCGUGGUCGACAACGAUUUUUACCAACAGAAACUGUAUGCAAAUUCAUGUUUCAAUUAAUUAAAGCUUUAGAAUAUCUUCACAGACAUUCAUUCUUUCAUAGAGAUGUCAAACCAGAAAAUAUUUUGAUUAAAGAUGAUACUUUAAAAUUAGCUGAUUUUGGAUCUUGUCGACAAACACUAUCAAAACAACCAUUUACUGAAUACAUCUCAACUCGAUGGUAUAGAGCACCCGAAUGUUUAUUAACCGAUGGAUAUUAUCGAAACCAAAUGGAUAUAUGGUCUGCUGGUUGCGUGAUGUUUGAAAUAAUAACACUUCGGCCACUUUUCCCUGGCAGUAAUGAAUUAGAUCAAAUUAAUAAAAUUCAUGAAAUCUUAGGCACACCAUCGCCUGCUUUACUAGAAAAAUUUCAGCAUCGAAAUUCUGCAGUCGACUUCAAUUUUCCCACUCGUCGUGGUACGGGUCUUGCUCGUUAUCUAACGAAUAGUUCACCGGAUGCAAUCGAUUUAGUCAACCAACUUUGUGUUUAUGAUCCAGAUCAACGUAUUUCAGGUGUUCAAGCCCUUCAUCAUCCAUAUUUUGCUUCAAUAAGAAACCACGAAAGUGAACGUGUGCAAGAAUCAAAUGCUAGUUCGUCGCAUGUUGGUCUUCGAAUAACAAAAAAUAGUGAAGACCGUUACAUACGAUCGGAUUCCAGUAGUAGUGAAUCGAGUAAUGAUGAGCCUAUCACAUCACCAAGAUCAAAUAUUUAUAAUAUCUCUACGACACAUCAACAAAUAAUUAAGCCUGAUUCUAGAAGACUCCUUUAUCCACCGCCAAAAGCUCAAUCAUUAGUUGAUACUCGCAUUCAAGGUCAAUCAGUGAAAAAAUCGACUAUGCAACAUAAAUAUAAUAUUAAGACUAAAUCGACGCAUGCCAAUCAUCAUUAUACGCACAACAAUAAAACUCAACCUUAUUAUAGUAGUUUAUCAACGGUAGGACCAGAUGGGCUGCCGCAAAAUCAAUCGCCAGCCAAUGUUCUAUCAACUAAAAGUGGUCAAAUGCCUUUUUUACCAAGGAUAUCGGGUGCUUCAGCUUUUUCAAAUUAUUCUUCCAACAAUGGAACUUCUGCAUUGAUAACUAACAAAAGCCAUCAUCCAGGAAAGAAUCUUGUUGGCUACUAUCCAUUUGUAUCUCAUCGACCAGACAAAAAAUAA